CUUGGAGUAAGCGUCAAACUAUCGACAACUUCAUCGAAAAAUCAAAGGAGGGGAAAUCGAAUGGCGAUUUUAUCAUGCACCGCGAAUGCGGCACGUUGGUUGAGCUUAACCCCUUUAAAUCUCGAGCAGUCGGUAAAAUGAAGGCGACCAUUACUCAACGGUUCAGGAUUGGUGGAAACGACUCUACAGGAAUCGAACCGAUCGUAUUCGACGUGGACUGCGAUUGCCGGUUUCAUUUCUUCUGUCUCCGCGACUCCGCCUGGAAGGUCAAGUACGUCAAGUUGGUAUACGAGAAGGAUAAGCUCGUUCCUGUCGACGGUAAGAUGACGCCAAGUUUCGCCAAGGAAACCCUCGACAGAUACCCAGAGGGCUACAAAUAUCUCGGAGCGGCCCAGAGCAUGCUUGGCCAUGACGUUGACGUCUGCCUUCCGACCAUCCAAAGCCCAGAUCUAGGCGCAGCCAACCCCCAAUGGCUAGAGUUAUACGACAAGAUGGGACAGUGGCUCGACGGAAACGAUAUUGAUCUGUCGACCUCCUCAUAGUUAGGGAGAUAUCGGCCAAAAAGGGGGUCGUGUGUGUGACGAGCACGAAUCAGAGAUUACCUACCUAGAUAAACGUCUAUACUCA